AUGCAGGACAACACUGAACCACCACUUCAGAAACAGCACCCCUACAACAGAACCCAGUCCCAGACCACCACAACAGAAACAGGACCCCUACAACAGAACCCAGUCCCAGACCACCACAACAGAAACAGGACCCCUACAACAGAACCCAGUCCCAGACCACCACAACAGAAACAGGACCCCUACAACAGAACCCAGUCCCAGACCACCACAACAGAAACAGGACCCCCUACAACAGAACCCUGUCCCAGACCACCACAACAGAAACAGGACCCCUACAACAGAACCCAGUCCCAGACCACCACAACAGAAACAGGACCCCCACAACAGAACCCAGUCCCAGACCACCACAACAGAAACAGUACCCCUACAACAGAACCCAGUCCCAGACCACCACAGCAGAAACAGGACCCCCACAACAGAACCCAGUCCCAGACCACCACAACAGAAACAGCACCCCUACAACAGAGCCCUGUCCCAGACCACCACAACAGAAACAGGACCCCUACAACAGAACCCUGUCCCAGACCACCACAACAGAAACAGGACCCCUACAACAGAACCCAGUCCCAGACCACCACAACAGAAACAGGACCCCUACAACAGAACCCAGUCCCAGACCACGACAACAGAAACAGGACCCCUACAACAGAACCCAGUCCCAGACCCCCACAACAGAAACAGGACCCCUACAACAGAACCCAGUCCCAGACCACCACAACAGAAACAUGA